CUGGAAGAAAGCAGGAAGAAAGGAAAGGUUGUGCGAGUCGAUUAUCUCUAUGAAGAUGAUGGGGUGUGUGUGGGAUACAUCAUGGGUGUCACUUGACUGUGCCUUGGCAUCUUUUGAUAUGCGCGCGCAUGAGUGGAUCCCGUAAAACCAGUGAGCGCAAAGUAAUGUUUGUGCAUUGAAAUAAACAGCAGAGGGCAGUAUACAAUCCUUCUCCUCAUGUUCCAGCACCCGCAUUAAAGCACUUUGCAGUAAACCUCUUAAAAAUGCUGACUCAUGUCCAGAGACACUGUGGAAAUGAUAUACAUCAGAUAUCAGCCAGUAAAAAGCCAUACUCACCCAAACCAUGACUAAACCCUGUGAGAAGAUUAUAUUUCAUCUGCAAUGGAUAAACGUUGUACGGUCACUCUCAUGUGUCAUUCAUUAUUCAUGCUUGAUAGGAAAUAAUCUUUGGAUCAUAUAACAUGUGUAUGUGAAUUACAAAACUCAAAUCUUAAAGGGAUAGUUCAUCCAAAAAUAUGUAUUCACCCUCAAGAUGUUCCAAACCUGUAUGAAUUUCUUUCUUCUGCUGAAUACAAACACAUCAUUUUCAUUUGAUUUCAUAACCAGAAUUUUCACCCUUUAAGAUUAAUCCUCACAUUUUUUUGAAUACUAAACAGUUUGACUAAAGACUUUAAAUUAUUCAAAAAAACACUGAAGAGCAUAAUUUCUGAUUUUCUCCUGACACAAAUCAGAUGAACAAAUCUUGAUUAUUGGUCACAGAUAUAUGAUUAUAAUCAGAUAAAAUCUUGACUGUGCUUGUCUUUCAGUAAGAACCUCGAUCAUCAGUGUUUGAACAUCAAUUUAUUCUGGAUUAAAUCCGCUUUUCUUGGCAUAAAUGAAAGUCAAUUGCAGAUGAAGCGUAAACAACUAUUUCCCCCAGGUGUCUCAGAAUACAUUAUUGAUAGGAGAGCAAAGUUGUCAUGGUGAAAUGUAAGCAUCUGUUGGCAGCCGGUAACCAAUAGAAGGACGUGAUUCCCGAGCCAGUCUCUCGGCUCCUCCUCUAAUCCCGCCCCUCUGAGUGGGUUGAUGGCUGUAGUUGUCAUGGAAAUGCGAGAACUCCCUCAGCUCUAGAUUCGGUUACUAUGGAAAUGCCGCUUGGAGAUGCUGCGAUAGGUCCUCAGGAGAAGAGAGAGAUUAUUCAGCACCUUGGACAGCAGCGGUGUGUCGGUCCUCCUUUCUGCCAGACGCGAUACUAUAUUCUCAUUGUGAUCGGAGAAAUUUCAACAGAUCGCCAGCUUGAUUCAGUGAAAGAGCACAUUAAAAAGGGGAUUCUGUCAUGGGAUAUUGAUUUGACCAUUUGUGACUUGAACAAGGAACUGAAGCUCUUUGAAGCAAGACACUCUGCCCAGUUCUCAUCAGAGGUCAAAGGACAGAGACUUUUGCAAUACAAGAGUGAUGUCCUGGAGACUGUUGUGUUAGUGAAUCCUUCUGAGGAGAAUAUUGCUAUAGAGUUCAGAACACUGCUCUGCGACUCAGCAGGACAUAAGUUAUUAGUCCUAAGUGGGCAAAGUACUGAACAGACUGGUGACAUUACCUUGCAAAGUGGAGUGUUUGGUUGGAAAAAAUUAUCUGACAUUCUCUCAAGUCGUAGAAUUAAAGAGCUCUUAAACCAGCCAUCCACAGGUCAGCAAGCCUGUUUGACUGUGUCCUGUAAAGGAGAGGGGGACUGGAGGUCCCUAGGGUACAUACAGGAGCAGAGCUUACUAAAGUACAGACUGAACCCUGAGCCUGUGCUGCCUGAGAUGGAAGGUGUGAGCGAGUUCACAGAAUAUGUCUCUGAGACAGUGGAUGUUCCCUCUCCUUUUGAGCUCCUGGAACCACCAACCUCGGGAGGGUUCCUCAAAUUGUCCAAGCCAUGCUGCUAUAUCUUUCCUGGAGGACGGGGCGACUCUGCUUUGUUUGCUGUCAAUGGCUUUAAUAUUUUGAUUGAUGGUGGAUCAGACAGAAAGUCUUGCUUCUGGAAGCUGGUCAGACAUUUGGAUAGGAUUGAUUCUGUUCUCCUCACCCAUAUAGGAGCAGAUAAUCUCCCUGGCAUAAAUGGACUGUUACAGAGAAAAAUUGCAGAGCAGGAGGAAGAGAAGAGCCGUGGUUCAAAUACCUAUGGAGACUGGAUGAAAAACCUGAUCUCACCAGAGCUUGGUGUUGUGUUCUUUAAUGUUCCAGAAAAGCUGAAGAUGCCCGAAUCCACGCUGAAAGCAAAGAGGAGCAUUGAGGAGGCCUCUCUCACAUUGCAGUACCUUCACAAACUAGGCAUCAAACCUGAGCCUCUAUACAGAGUUGUAAGCAACACAAUUGAGCCUUUAACACUCUUUCACAAGUUGGGUGUUGGAAAACUUGACAUGUAUAUUCUAAAUCCUCUCAAGGACAGUAAGGAAAUGCAAUUCUUCAUGCAGAAGUGGGCUGGUAAUAGCAAAGCUAAAACUGGCAUUGUCCUGUCCAAUGGCAAAGAGGGGGAGAUUUCUGUUCCUUACCUCACAUCAGUGACAGCUCUGGUUGUAUGGGUACCUGCCAGUCCAACUGAAAAGAUUGUGAGAGUACUAUUUCCUGGAAAUGCCCCACAAAACAAAAUAUUUGAGGGCCUGGAAAAGCUGAGGCAUCUCGAUUUCUUGCGAUAUCCAGUAGCCACUCAAAAGGACAUGUCAUCUGGAGCUCCACCUCCACUGAUUAAACAAACUAAAAUGAAGCUGAGAACUGAUAGCAAAGAAAGUCUCAAAUCGUCACCUAAAAUGUCUUCCACUACAAAAGCAAGCAAGAAAGAGGCAAAUGAAGAUAUUGAGUCAAAGAGUGAAUCUGUAAAUGAGAACAAAGUUGAAAAGAAAGAGAAGAAAAUUAAAGAGACUGUUAAAACUCCCAAACCACUGAAACCUAAGAUGGCAUCACCCGAUUCACUCAAGCAAGAGAAAAAGAAACUGCAGAGAGAAAAAUCUCCUAAAAAACAUAUCAAGGAGAAGGCAUCUAAGAUGGAGGAAAAGAAAGAUCAGGAAAAGAAAGACACAAAGAAGGAAAAGACAGAUGUUAAAAAAGAGGACAUAGUUAAAAAAGAACUCAAAAGUAAGGAGGAGAAGAAAAAAGAAAAGGAAAAAAUUAAGCCAGAGUUGAGAAAAAUCACAAAACCUGACUUAAAGCCUUUCACCCCUGAGGUCAGGAAGACUCUGAACAAAGCAAAGGUUCAAGUGAAGCCUAAAACAGAAAAAACCAAAGCUGCAAAGGAGCAAGAAAAUAGGCCAGCUGCUAAGAAAGCUUCAGUGGAGAAACAGGAGAGUGAAAGGUCCUUAGUCUCUUCCCCAGAGGAUCUUACCAAGGAUUUUGAAGCCUUGCGACUGGAAGAGGAGCUUUCCAAGCCCACAGAGAGCAAAAUUCUCCCAAAUCUUCAGUCUGCAGUGGACACUGUUUUCUCUCACAUUGAAUCUCCUGAUGAGGGAAUAACUACAACUGAUGUUGAGACAGAGUCCCCUCAUGAGGAAAGGGUACCAUAUGGAGUAAACGCAAAUGAACACCCCUCUAAAACCACUGAAAGAUUUGAGGAUGAAGGUGCUGCUACAGAAGAUGACCUAGAGGAUGACUAUACCACAAAACUGAAAAGUGCUAAAACAUCUGACUUUGUGGAGAAGAGUGAAGAUAAAAAAUGGCAAGAAAAGGCAAAAGAAGAUAUAGAGUUUGAAAUGAAACCCAAAAAGAGUGACAGUGAAGAAGAUGAGGAUGUGAUUGAGAAAGCAGAGCUAGAGGAAGCAGAGGAUAUAGCACAUGUGGAGGAGCUUAAGUACAAGUCAGACGAGGCUAGGAAAGAAAAACUUGGAAAGGACUGGGAGACAAAACAAAGUGACAUAAAAUCUGCCAAACCUCUGGGUGCUGCAGAGCAUGUUUCUUUCAUCCAAGAUGAGACCAUUCCAGGUUACUCUGAGACAGAGCAGACCAUCUCUGAUGAGGAGAUUAAUGAGGAGACAGAGGAGAGAAUCCCACAUCUUCAAUAUGAUGUCGGCUCUUAUGACAUCUCAGUUCCUGAUGAACCAGGGACUUUUGACACUAUCCAUGGCAUGAAACCACCAACCAUAUCUGUUGCUUCUGAGUUAUCAUCAAAGGGUUUUGCAGUAGACCAGGAGCCAGUCCUGUCAGCUUAUGCAUCCAAUAUAAUUGCGGCUCCAUUGGCUGAAGAAGAGCAUAUAUCAUCAGCCACUUCCAUCACUGAAUACGACAAAUUAUCAUCUUUUGCAACAUCUGUUACUGAAGAUCAGUCUAUAGCAUCUGUGACAGCACCACCUACUGAAGACGCAGGAAAAAGCUCUUUACUCUUAGAUACUGUAAAUAGUAUACCAUCGUCCGUACACACAGAUGCUACUCAAGGAAAGGAGUACCUCCACUCUGCUGGAACUAUUUCUCCAACUUCUUCCUUAGAGGAGGACAAGUGUUUUAAAUCACCUCCUUCAGAAGAAUAUCAACCUAUUGUGCCAGAAACAGAGACUACAGUGAAGGCUACAGUUCCCACAAAUUAUGAGGAUGAAGAGGAUGAGGAAGAGGAUGAGGAUCAAACACCAAAUGUUGACAUGCCACUUGGAAAGAUCCAUGAGGGUUACGCAUCUGCUGCCAUGCUCCAAGACAAUGAAAAAGCUUCUGAUAACUUUCCCUUAUCAGCUGCACCUAUUUCUCCUCCCGUCAUGUAUGUUGGCACACAAGAAAAAGAUGAAAAAGGACUCUCAUUCUCUAAGGAUGAAUCUAAAUUGGGCAACACUGAUAAAAGUUUGUCCUUCUCACCAAAUUUGUCUGGCACCUCAGAGACGAAUAUUAUCUCAGAGAGUGAAGAAAGAUGCCUCAGCCCAGACGACAGUACUGUGAGGUUUGCCUCACCUACACAAUCAGGACCGACCAGCAGUAGUUACUCUCCCACUGAGGAAAGGCCACAAAAGCCACUGAUUACGGACAAAGAGGAAAAACUAGACAAGGAGACUUUUGACUCUCAGAGGUAUUUGACCCAAGAUGCUCCUGCUGACAAAAAGUCUGUGAAAAUAAUUGAUGAUGUUGUGGACCCUUUUGGAAAGGGGUUCUCCAGCACUACAACUGCAAUAUAUGACUCUGAAGAGGACGAAGAUGAAGAGAAAGGUGAUUAUUAUGGAAAGGAAAGCUAUAAAGUGUGUGGUAAAGCUAAAUACAAAGAGGAGAGGGAAUGCACUUUUCUUGAUGAAGAAUAUUCCCAAGAGGCAACACCCCUAAAAGAGGAAAAGCUGCCUGAAAAUAAGAAAGAAUCUGUUGAUAAGGAAGAUAAACCACAAAAUGUGACCUACUUGGGCCAUGAGCACAAAUCCCAGAUGCUCAGCUCAGGCGAGGAAGAUGAAAGUGAAACUGAGGAUGGUACUUACUCAAGCGUAAAAGGUCCACAGGACAAGUUAGAUUCCAUGUCAGCAAGCCCAGGCAAAAAAGAUGUGUCAUUUUCAGAGAUAGAUGACCCAAACUUGAUCUCUAAAGACAGUGAUAAAAGUGUCCACUUCAACUUGUAUUCCUUCCCAGAGUGUGAGAAAGGCCUCAAAGGGGAAUUUGAGAGGGUAGUUAGGCAAGAUACACCCUAUGUUGGGAAAAGCUUUACAUAUUCUGAUGUAUAUGACAGUAAGUCAAGUUCAGUGGAUUCCUACUCUCCAAAUCUGCCAGCAGAGCACACUUUUGAUGAUACUGAUGUUACUCCAAAGAAAACAGAAAAGGAAGAUUCCCUAGAAUCUCCCACCAGCAAGAUUUCUGAUCUUAAAGCAUCAGAUGAAAAGGAAACGUCAUCAGCUUCAUAUAGUGAAACACAAAGUAUCUAUGGGACACCACAGUUUAGAGAUACAUCUGAAGAAACAUUCUCUGAGAAAAUAAAUAAAGUUGAAGAGAAGACAAUUGAGAAAACCUCACCUGUUUCAGCCGAGAGAGACCCCUUUUCAGUUAAAUUUGAAAAGCCAGAUUUCAGUGGAAUGGGAGAAGUUGGCGCAUCACAAUCAGCCCAUUAUGCAGCUGACAGCUCCAUCUCUGAUUACAGUGCUAAAAGUAUGAGUUCUAUGUUAGGUGAAUCUACAUUUAGAGAAGUACAAUUAAAAGAAGUAGUAGCUGGAGACAUGAAGAUGUUCGCUGAUGGAGAGGAUGAAGAUGACGAGGACGAGGAAGAGGAAGAUGAUGAGGAUGAGGAGUAUGGAGAGCAUGUAAGUGAUAGUGAUACAGAGAAAGGUGCCAAAGACAGACAAGAGAAAGAUGCCCAGUGCCCACUGACUAGUGCCAUCAGCACUGUACCUACUCAAUUCCAGGAUGAAAAGAAAGACACCAUUACACAUGAGUACAGCUUUAGCUCUGAUACUUAUGGGAAAUCUUCAGGUUCAUCAACAUUUGAAUCCACGAUAAGCCAUGAGGGCCCCAAGGACUCAUUUAAAACUGCUAAAGGUGAUGCCUCAUCUUUUUCUACUGAAAGUCAAAUUACAAUCUCCUCUGGAUUUGGACAUUCUUCAAGUGAGCAGAAAAAUGAGUUUGUAGAAAAAGAUGAGAAAUUACCUCUCUCAACAAAGUCUGCUGAAGAUAAAUAUUCUACUCACUAUGAUGGCAAAGAUACUGAGUUGGACAAGCAAAAGACACCAGAUGCAGCAGAGAAAAAAACAGCAGACCCUGUUUCAUUGGGCUUCAGUUACACAACUAUGUCAGCCACAGCAUACUCUUCUUCCUCUUCUUACAGUCAUUCUUCAUCAGCUUCAGCAUCUCUGUCCACUAGCCGCCAGUUUGGGGAGGAGUUGGAGACUCCAGCCAGUACUGCAUUUGAGUACUCGUCUUUCAAAGAUGAACAUUCACCAGUAAUUGAUUCACCCUUUUCCAGUUCUGGUGGGCAGGUUAAGGAUGAAUAUUUAGAAGUGUCCGAGAAACUGACUCCUGCAACCACUACUGCUGAAUCCACCUCUAGUCUUGCGAGAUUCUCGCCAUUAUCACCCUUUGAGGAGAUCAAGCCUUUCCCUCCACAUGCUGGUACUUGUAUAGGGGACAAGAAAGAUCCUGCUUAUUCUACAAGCAAUAUCUCAGAUCAAGGCCCACAAAGUCAGUGCUUUUAUAAACCGGAGUGGGAUGAGGACUCGAGAUUACAAGCUGAAUUUGGUGCAACUGGACCUUAUUCCUCAAUCCCUCCGACCACACAGAAAGACACUAUGCCUGAACAUCUGUAUGGUGCUUCAUCAACACUUGAAUUUGAGUGCCCUGAAAAACAGUACUAUGAAGACACAGAGAGUAGUGAAGAGGAGGAUGAUUAUAUGUACGAAACUGAACAGGAUAAACUUCAGUACCAAAGACCUACACUUACAGCUCAAGCAGACAAGAGAGAUGCCACCUUUUCCUUGGGUGAGACAAUAACAAAGGACAUAUCUUCUGGCUUGGGAGCCACUAUCCCAGAUGCGCUUACCUCAUAUCCUUCCUCUUACCCUGAGCCCAGAAAACCAGACACAACAAAUGGUCCUGCAGAAGCUAGUUUGAGUGCACCAGAGGCUUUUGGUGGAACCAGCAAGGUGGGGAUAGGCUUGUCAAAAACAGAGACGAAAGGCCAAGAAUUUGAUGUAAAGAAAAUUAGGAGUCCAGGUGAAUGGGAAAUGCAGCAGCAACGAGACAUCUACCCAGGGGCAUCCCCUCCUCAUUAUCGACAUGAAGAUGAGUAUGAAGAAGAAGAAGAGACUGAGCCAGAGCACCCAGCCCGUCCUCUUUCCCUCUCAUCCACAGACCAACCUUUCCAACCCUCUUAUUAUGCAGGCGAUCCAAGCAGACACGAUGACGACUCUGACUAUCCUUCAGAUGUUGGUAUCCGUCAACAUUCAUCCACAGCAUCCCCAGGCUAUUCCUCCUGUGAGUACAAGCAGAGGAGGGGAGACACAUCUCCAUCAUUUAUCAACCCAAGCUUAUGUCAACUUUCAAGUGAUGAAGAAAAUGAGGAACAGAGAAGCCAAUCUUCUGAUCAACAGCAACCUUCUGGGAAGACAAGAUCCCAUAAGCAACCCCGCCACCACUCUCACAGUCAUCAUGGCGAGGACAGCGAAUUGCAACACCUCUCUGGAGCCAUGGCUGCUGGCAUUAGUGCCAGUGGGGAGGACACCCCUCCAACCUCUGUCAGUGAGCCAUUGCAUUCCCAGUCAGAUUCUGAUGUUCUACCAGGCACAGAAAAGUGCCCAUCGGCCGCAGCAGAAAGAAACAAUGACUCUGAUGAGGAUGCAGAUUACCUGCCUGUAGAUAAGUCAUCUGGAGCUUAUGGGGGGAAGCAUUACUCAUCUAAGUCACCUAAUAAAAAUCAUGAUCCUUUCCCAUCACCAAUGAUGGACCCUGCUCCUUAUUCCCCUCACCCUGAUGUAUGUAUGGUUGAUCCCGAGGCUCUGUCAAGCAUAACAGACAAACCAAUCAAGAAGGAUACCAAAGCAAAGGGUUUACGUAAAUUAGGUAAGACCUCAUCUCCUGCUCGGAAGACUGAUGCUAGGCGGAAGAAGUCCCCAUCCAAGGAACCAUCCACUCAGACCACCUCUCUUAGAAAGAAGGACAUGGAUGAUGAUCUGUCAAGGUCAAGCCACAACACCGGCAAAGGCCUUGUUAAUGGCUAUAAGAACAGUGCAGGUUCAAAUUCUGCAAAAUUCAGUGCAGCUGUGCCCCCCGGUCCUCCUAUCUAUGUGGAUCUGGCCUACAUUCCCAACCACUGCAGUGCUAAAAAUGUGGACCAGGAGUUUUUCAAACGUGUUCGUUCUGCUUAUUAUGUAGUGAGUGGAAACGACUCCAGCAGUGGAGAACCCAGUCGUACUGUCCUAGAUGCCUUGCUAGAAGGAAAGGCACAGUGGGGAUCCAAUCUGCAGGUAACAUUGAUACCUACUCAUGACACAGAAGUGACCCGUGAGUGGUAUCAGCAGACCCAUGAGAAGCAACAGGAGCUGAACAUCAUGGUCCUGGCCAGCAGCAGCACAGUUGUGAUGCAGGACGAGUCAUUCCCUGCCUGCAAAAUAGAGUUCUAAAUUCAACAUGGCUCCCAGGUUCACAUCUUUACUCUCAAAUGGUCCGUUACAGCCUUAAUUGUAGUUUACUCAGUGUAAAAUUCUUAACCUUUUUCUUUUUAACUUUCCAAGGUUUAAAACAGCACAUAUUAUCUAUUGCCCCAAAACCCCAUUCAAAUAGUAUAAACUUUGAUUAUUAUUUCCUUGUGAUGAAAGUUACUAGAGUGCAGGAGAACAGAAGGAAGACGUGCCUUUCACUAUGUACUUUUCAGGGUGGCUUUUCCCUUUAUGUUGUACAAUACAUACAUGCAUACUGUAAUACAUUUCUUGCUGUAAAUUCUUAACCCUUAGAUUUUAGGCCAGGGCUUGUUUAAAUUAGUUUUCAUGGUCACAUUCCCAGUCGUAGUUUUAUACUGAACAAGGUUACCAAACAAGUGUGCUAAAUACAAUAACAAUAAGUUGAUAUAUAUAGCCUUGUUUACAAUUAUAUUUAACUAAAGCACAAGUAUACCUCUUUUUGAACAAUAGCACCAGAAAGUCACCAAAUAGGUUUCAUCUGAUUAGUUCAUGUAUCCUUUCUUAUCUCAAAGAAACUGUUGCUUUGAGGCUCCGAUUUAUACACAAUGGCUUUAUCGACUUUGAUGGCACAAACAUACACUCUGCAUGUAAAAUAAUCUUCUAAUAAUCAAGUUAUCCCACAUUCAGAUACCUACUGUGCAAAUGGCAAUUGAGGCUAUAUAACUCAGCAGAGAGUUUAACAAAUACCUGGGUGCUAGUAUUUCACAAAUACAAAUCUAGUUAACAAAUAAGUUUAAGAGAUUUAAAAAACAAAAUUUAAAAAUGUAUAUGCUGGACAUGGAGUUGUGCUGCAGCUUAUGUGCUUUGCACAAAAUUACUUUACAUUCCUGACUCAGAGAUUAAUGCUUUGAAUUUGUAUAGCAGAAUGACAGCAUCAGCAACAACAUUUAAUUAAUAAUCAUGCUACUAGAUCUAGACAAAAUUCUCUUUGUAAAUUAAUACUGAAAAACAAUUGAAUGAAGAAUAAUGUUUAGAUGGUAGGUUUAUUGUCAACACUAAAUAACGGAGUGGAAGUAUUAGAAUCAAAUCUUAUUUUGUCAUUAAUGAUGUAUAAAAUGUAUGUUCAAAGAGUUUAUGAUUAUUUUUAGUGUUUAUGAUGUUCAGAAGUAUGUUUUAUUCCUGAUUUCGUUCAAUUUUGAAGAAAACAUUUUCUUUAUAUUCUUUAGCUCCUUGUAAUGAUUUCCCCUUGAUUUCUGUUGGUUACAUAAUGUAUAUAAGACAAAAUUGCUUACUGUAAAGGAAUGGGAAGAAAGGAUGACUGAGAAUAUGCAAGCCAAAGUUGCCGGCAAUGGAAAUGCAUGGUAUUCAAUGAAUACACUAAGUAUGAAAGUUUUUUCCAUGUUUUGCAUAGGGUUAUAUGAAAGAAGUGAGAUACGGAUACUGCACUUAAACCUAUUCCAAAAAUGUUAAUGUGUGUUUAAAGGUAAAUUGUGGCUUUUAUAUGGGACAUGAACUUUUAUCUUAACCAUUACUGCAAGAGCUGUUGUUUUCAAUCAGUAGAAGACAAGGAUAUUGAGGACAUUUUGAAAUAUAAAAGUAAAUUCUUGACCAAUGUUUCAAAGACUGGCAAGUUCACUACUUACUGUUUAUUUUUAUGUCUUUCUGGUCAGAAUUAGCAGCGACGGACAGAACACAUGCGAAGAAUUGCGAACGUUUUUCUUUGUGCAUUUUUAAAUAUGUAAGGCUUAAAAAUAACUGAUUAAAUGACACCACUGCUCUUGUCACGGAGCAGGAUCAAAGAUGAAAGGAAUAAUGAUGUUGUAUCAUUGACUGACGAAUGGGAAACGCUGUAAAAGUACUGUAUGCACUGCAUGUAUAUAACCAUGAGGUAACAGCUUGAACAUGCAUUUGAAUACUGCUAUGCUUUUAGGUGCUUGGCUCAAUUAAUUCCUAUGUUAAAAAAGGAAGCUUGUAGGUGAAAAGUUCCAUUUGGGUCAAAAUUGAAUCUGUAAUCUUCAUACUGUACACAAGAUUUUAGUUUUUAUAAUUCUGAUUUACAUAGUCUCGUUUAUUGGUCUAUAAGAUUGGAUUGUUGACCUUCAUCUUUGGAGAAAAGUGCACAGUUUUGAUAAACCAUAUUUACAUCUAGACAAAGUGGUUCAGCAUAAUCCUUUAUAUUUCUCUGAGGAACAAUGAAUGGGGAUACACAGUUAAUGCUUGCCUCUAAUGUUUUUAAGGUGCUGUAACUUUUGAGCUACUGGUUAUUUGGCUGUGCUGCAGAGAUGUUCUGCGUGACAUGGUGAAACCCAGAUGUGACUUCGCAGUACCACAGAAAUAAACAAACACAUACAAGUACCAGACUGCAGACUGCCAGAUCAAGUGACUAGAUCACUGAUCACAUUUUAUAUUCAAGAUUUGUAAGUGUCUUGUGUGAUUUAUUUAUUUAUUUAUUUAUUUUUCGAAGAUGAAGACUAAAUGUUUCAAAAAAAGUUUGAAAAAUAAAAUAGUCAUGAUGUGCUGUGCAAAACAUCCUUUAGUUGCAAUGUUGAGUUUGCCAUCUCAGUAGCAUCAAAACUGAAAUAUAUCAUUCCAUUGAGCCUAGCUGUUUAAUGCAUGUGAUCUUAAGUUCGAACUUGUAUGUAAUACAAUAGUUCAUAGCUAUAUUUAAUAAAGUACUAUUUUAAACAUAUUUAAACGGUAAUUGUACUGAAAGGCACAUAUAACCAGGCCGCGCUAUCAUUUCCAGCGUGCAGUGUUGUUAAAAUUUUUUUUUCAUUACUAUUCAUGCUUUUAUUUCUCUCUUUUUUAUGUGCAAUACUCUGUAUCUUUCUUUUAAGCUCUUUAAAUGAGUGUCUACAAAUAUGUUGUAGAAAGGUAAACCUGAUAAUCACUAAUAAAUAAAAAUAUGUUAAUGGAAAA